AGACAGCAUGAUUAGCACAAGCCUCUAGCUGUCCAUUUUCUCGCAGACCCCUUCACAAUAACCAGAGGUCUAAGCUCCAAACUCCUCCUCUUGGUUUUCAUCAAAACCUAACUCUCAUGAUUUGGUUCUUUCCUUUAUCUGUGUACCCACUGCAGAGAAGGAAAAAUCAUUAUUGUUUCUCAAAUUAUGGGUUUUUGUUUAUAAACACGCGCUUAAAUUUUUAUUUCCUUUUCAAUUCAAUUCCCUUUGAGUAUUGCUCUCCACCAAAUGAGAUGAUGGUUAUCUCUGAUAACACUUGUCACCUUUUCACCAAGAGGACUACUCCUAUUAUAUAUAUUUUCUUUUGUUGGGCUUUGCCUUUUUAGCUUUUUGGUUACUGGAGUGUGUUAUCUCUUCUUUCACCCUCUCUCUCUCUCCCAUUUCUCUCUCACAUAUACAUAUUCAUAUAUACACAGACCUAGCUUGAUUUAUUUCUUCAUGCUUAUAAUUUUAUACAUGAUGGAGAAAGUAAAGGGUGGAAGGUAUUAAUGGUGGUGGUGGUGAAUUUGAUGCAGUUCCAGUAAUUGCUAUAUAUAUAUAUAUGAUGGAGUCAUGUGUCCCACCGGGGUUUCGGUUCCACCCAACAGAUGAAGAGCUUGUGGGUUACUAUCUGAGGAAGAAAGUUGCUUCUCAGAAGAUUGAUCUUGACGUUAUCAAAGAGAUCGACCUAUAUCGUAUUGAACCAUGGGAUCUCCAAGAGACAUACAGGAUUGGGUACGAGGAGCAGAACGAGUGGUAUUUCUUUAGCCACAAAGACAAGAAAUAUCCAACUGGGACAAGAACCAACAGAGCCACCAUGGCAGGAUUUUGGAAGGCGACAGGAAGAGACAAAUCAGUGUACGAAAGGACCAAACUCAUUGGCAUGAGAAAGACCCUCGUUUUCUACAAAGGAAGAGCCCCUAAUGGACAAAAAACUGAUUGGAUCAUGCACGAGUAUAGGCUUGAAACUGUUGAGAAUGGACCUCCACAGGAGGAAGGAUGGGUGGUGUGCAGAGCAUUCAAGAAAAGAACAACUAACGGCCAAACGAAGACUAUUGAAGGAUGGCAUCGAAACUGCUUAUACGAUGAACAACAACAAGCAUGUGGUAGUGUCAGCAGCACUGUGGUGGACCCUAAUAUUGACCUUAUGUUAAGGCAACAACCUCAGAGGUUUUCAGGAGCUCAAAAUUUCAUGUACAAGCAAGAAGAGAUCAUAGAAGCAGAUAAUAAUAAUUUGAGCUUCAUGCAUGCAGAACAACAAUUGGUGCAGCUUCCUCAUCUAGAAAGUCCUUCUUUGCCACUAGCAAAGAAACAAAGCUCAGUAGUGUCCCCAAUAUCAGACAAUAUUAAUAACAACGAAGAUGAUGAUAAUCCUCAAAAGGGUUUAUCCAACACUACAAAGAAAGUGACCACUGAUUGGAGAGCUCUUGACAAGUUCGUGGCUUCUCAGUUGAGCCAAGAAGAGAGGCAUGAAAUAGAAGGGGUGUCUAGCUUUGCAACUCAUCACACUACUACUAGCUCGGACAUGGCAUUGCUGCUACUGCAGAAUAAUAGUAGGGAAAAUGAAAGGAACAACAAGUUCAACCCGUUUUUCAAUACAAGCUCAACAAUAUCAGACUGUGACAUUGGGAUAUGCGUAUUUGAAAAAUGAAGGGUAGGAUUAAUUAAUUUGUUGCAUUGAUAGUAUUGUACUAGUAACUAUAUAAAUGGUUUGUGGAUGUUGAGACAUGUGAUCAUAUGCAAUUUUAAUUUGUAAAAAUAUGUGUGGGAGGAGUGAGAAUUAUAAUCGCUCUCUCUGCUCCAUCAGCGUGAGACACGCGAGUGCGGUUUGUCAGUGUAAAUUGAGAUCAUGCGCCUAAUAUAUGACUCCAGGUCCUAAGUAGAUUAACAUUUAAAUUAUCACAAA